UAGCUCGAGCGAUACAAUUGGACGCUAUACUGUACUUGAAGCAGUAAACCCUAUCUCUCUCUCUCUCUCCUCUACAUCAUCCACCGCAUUCCGCCUCUCAGGUAAUGCUACCCUCCCCGUAGCCACCAUACGUGAAGCUUGAACAAGGUCUACACCGCAUCUCGCAAGAAAAUGGAUCGUAGUUGGAUGUAUGAUAGAUUCAAUCCACAUAGGAAAGGCUUGAAAUUGGAGUUUAUUAGGGGAGUUCAGGAGUUUAUUAGCAAGGCUAAGGAACAACCCUGCUUUUUGUCUGAGAAAAAGAUCAAGUGUCCGUGUCCAACGUGCAUGUGUGUAAACUCUUCCACUAUAAGAGAGGUGAAAGCUCAUUUGUACAAGAGUGGGUUUAAACCAAAUUAUUUGAUCUGGACUGAGCAUGGAGAACUAGAUCAAAAUAUAAAUAUUUGUGUAAAGAGUCAAUCGAAUAAUAGUGGACAUAUGGAGGAAGUGGAAGAGGAGGAGGAUCCUAAAACUCCUCAUAUGGAAGAGUCGGAAGAGAAUGAAGAUCCCAAAACUCCUCAUAUGGAUGAGUCGGAAGAGAAUGAGGAUCCCAAAACUUCUCAUAUGGAGGAGUCGGAAGAAGAUGAGGAUCCCAAAACUCUUCAAGAAAUAGAGUCAUGCGAGCAGAAUGCUGACGGGAAGGUUCUUAUACGACCUUGUGGUUCAGGGUGGGCUCCUAGCUCAGUGCCUGCUGCUGCAAUUAAACACGCCAUCCAGUCACACUUUCAGGGUCCUUUCUAUCGCUGGAGUGCGACCCCAGAGGAUGUAAGGGAAUAUUGGUGGAAGUUGUUCGGGGACAAGGUUACUUGGGAUCCUCGUGAUCAUGGGCUUAUCAGAAAGACGUUUCAAACGAGAGGCGCAAAACGCCUUUCAGAUAUGCUCUCGAAACUGAGGACGAAGGGAACGAGACCUCAUUGGAUUUGUGAGGAGGCUUGGAAGGGUCUUAUUGACCAUUGGGAGGGUGAAGCCUUUAAAAAGAUCUCUACCCAAAAUAAGACCAAUCGGGCUUCAGGUAAAGGUGGAGCAGUCCACACCACAGGCCGCAAGGCUCAUGUGGAUGUGGCACUUAGUAUGGUAUGUAUUUUAUUCACACUUAAUGCGUUGUUCAUUAUCAUAGAAUGUGUGAUAUUUAUAAAUUUAUUAAUAUGUUGGUUUUUUAUGCAGGCUCGUGAACUUGGGCGGCCUUUGGAUCCCGAUGAGCUCUUCUUGGCCACCCACAAAAAGAAGUCUGGCACUUGGGUUGAUAACCGCUCUCAAACAACAUAUAAACGCUAUCAAGAUCGCUUGAAGGAGGUACAAACACAAAUUGGUGAGGCCUCCCAGAAUGGGACUCCGGAGGUUGAUGGGGCGACAAAGAUUGAAUUGUGGAAAGAGGCUGCUGGGGGAAAGUCUCGAGGGCGGUGUUAUGGUACUGCACACUUUGCUUUAAACCUCCAACGUGGUGUAACUUCGCUUACUCAGGAGUCUCGGGAACCUUAUAGUGGCACGUGUGAUCAUGCUAUGCAUCUUGAGGCCAUUGAUGCAGCACGUAAAGAGGCUGUUGCAGCACGUCAGGAGGCAGCCACAGCACGCCAGGAGGCAGCUGAGGUGAAACAACAAUAUCAGCUUUUGGAGGAGCAGUUGCGCAAAGUAAUGAAGCGCAUGAAAGCUCUAGAGCGUCAAUCAGCAGGUGCUUCAAGUGUGAGUCAAGCUCAUAGGGGAUAUCCUCACAGUGAUGAUGACCAUUCGCUAGAUGUGGUCUUAUCAGAUCGUCGAAGAAAGAAACGUCUAGCUCUAAGGAGACAUCGUCACUAUGAUGACGACGACCAUUAUCUAGAUGAGAUAUUAGCAUACCGUCGCCGAAAGCAACAUCGAGCUCAAAGGGCACGUUAUCACUAUGAUGAUGACAAUUCAUUAGAUGAGAUCUUACCAAAACAACGUCAUGCUAAAAGAGGACAUUCUCACUAUGAUGAUUCCAAUUCGCUAGAUGAAGGCUUACCAAAGAAACUUCUGGCCAAAAGGGGACAUCCUCACUUUGAUGAUGAUGAUGAGGAUUCGUCACAUGAGGACUUACCAAAGCAACGUCAAGCCAAAAAGGGACAUCCUCACUAUGAUGAUGAUGAGGAUUCGCUACAUGAGGACUUACCAAAGCAACGUCAAGCCAAAAGGGGACAUCCUCGCCAUGAUGAUCAUGAACAGGAUUCGCUACAUGAGGACUUACCAAAGCAGCGUCAAGCCAACAGGGGACAUCCUCACUCUGAUGAUAAGGAGGAUUCGUUACAUGAGGACUUACCAAAACAACGUCAAGCCAAAAAGGGACAUCCUCACUAUGACAGUGAUGAGGAUUCGUUACAUGAGGACUUACCAAAGCAACGUCAAGCCAAAAGAGGACAUCCUCACUAUGUUGAUGAUUCACUAGACGAGGUCUUGCCAAAGCAACCUCAAUCUAAAAGGAGGAAUCGCCACUAUGACGAUGACGAUUCAGUAGAUGAGGUCUUACCUGCCCGUCGCCGCCGUCGUUACCUAUGAUGAUGACAAUUCAGUAGAUGAGGUCUUACCUGCCCGUCGCCGCCGACGUUACUGUGGUUGAGUUUGAUUUCUUUGUUAUGUACUUUAUACUAAGAUGUACCUUUAUAUUGGUAUACUGCUAUGGUAAUUGGUCGUUAACUUAUUAUAUUCUAUUUGGUUGGAUUGUAUUGGUAUACUGCUAUGGUAAUCGGUCAUUAACUUGUUAUAUUCUAUUUGGAUUUGUCUUGGUUUAUAUUUGUCAUUUGAUAUCUAUUUGAUUUA